CAUUGCCACGUUCCUGAAAGGCAACUCCCCCCUCAAAAUAGCGCAGUGGAUUCUGGGAUUUGAAGUGUUUAGAGCGUCUGCGAGCUCUCUGACGUGACGGAUAUUAGAACUACAAUUCCCAUCAGGCCGAACGCUCCCGUUAGACCCGCUGGAGCAGCGGGGUAAGAUGGCGGCCACUGGAGGGCUAGGGAAUCUCCUUUUGUUAUAAGGCUGGGAUAUUAAGAAGAAAUCCGCUAGUGCGAGUGCGGAGCAGGGCCGAAGCAGCGGAUCCUAGCAGCCAGGAGCCUCUGUCAGUGGGCCUGUUCCACCAGGUUGCAGUUAUGGAAGAAGACAACCAAGAUCCCAAACUUACUAGUCAGGAUACCGAUGAGGAGUCGACGGAAGAGUGCAACAGGCCAUCGGAAGUUCCAUCACCGCAGAAGAGCCAAUCAGAAAGUACUACUCCUAACCAGCCUGCUAGACGUGGCGCUGAGGAUGAGUCGUGCAAGGCUGAAGGCCUGUGCCCAGGAAGGAUCUUCAUUCUGAAGGCUUUGCAGCAAGUUGUAGGAAGCAGCUUGCAAAAUGAAUCUAAGGUGGAGCUCUGUCAAACUACAGAUUCAAAGCAGAAAGGCACAGAGCUGCCGAAGCCCUGUAGGAAAAGGAAAGUAAAGAAGCACAGCGGUGCUGGGAAUGCAAAACCUCUCAGUGCAGAGAAUGAAAAUUCUAUCCCUGAAACAGCAGGAAAUCUCUUGGCCAGUUUUGCCGCUGCAUUGGAUUACAUGGAAAAGACCAACACUACCAUCACUGCAGGGUCUCAUAGCCGCCCAUAUGAGGAACAAACUAUCGAGUUGGGAGCCAGGUACGACGCAGAAGAGGUAGAUGAAUUUGAGCUUGUAGCUGAAAUUCAGAUCGGUGACAUUGCAUCUUAUUGGAAUACUCGUUCAGGGAUCUCCAGGAGGGACAGACAUUGGAGAAUUCAGAAGUCAGUGUGCCUAAGUACCUCAGGACUACAUGUUACAAGUGGACAAUCAGCCUCUGUCAGUGCAAAGGUUAUGUGUAACCCAACAAGAAUGGAAGGCUCAUUGGAGCCUACCAGAAGUUCUUCAGUCAUAAGACUGAAUCCCCCACAGACAUUUCACAGGAGUAGAAAACACACAGAUAGAAAUGCUCUACAGAAUGUUUGCAUUGCAGACAGAACGGACUUACAAACAAAUUCACAGCUUCAUACUUCUACCGAAACUGUGCUACCUGGACUUUCUUGGAUUGUUCCUGAUCCAAAUAAAUCUUUUAGAGGAUCUAGAGGGAAUAAUGGCCUUUGUUCUGGCAGGACUACCCCAAUACAUGGCAAUACACAAACAACUGAACCUAGUCCUGGUUCAUUUAUAUCUUUGGGCCUUGCCCUUGGAAAUGGAAAAGGGGUAUCGAGUGGACAGCAGAGACCUGGUGGUUCAGAAAGCUCCACAUCUAAUCAGCAUUCACAGCCUCCUAAUUCUCUGGAAAAGGCAGAUUCCAGCUCCUCUUCAUCUUCCUCCUCUUCUCAAAUGCCAAUACUGUCUGGCAGUGGCAGUGGAGCACAAUCUAACCAGUCCCAAGAACUUGAUAUUUAUGAUCCCUUUCACCCCACAGAUGAGGAGAAUGUAAACGGAGAUUAUUUAUAUGAUGACACACCUGAGAAAGAAACAGAUGAACAAGAGGAUCAAAAAUAUGAUCCCUUUGAUCCUACUGGCUCCAAUCCUAGCUCUUCUGAGAGCAGCCCUUCACCCUAUGAUGAGGACGAAGAGGAUGAAGAGGCAGGCAGUGAAUCACAUGCUGAAGGCCGUAUCUCAGAAGCUUUGGCUGGAAUAUACGAUGAAAAUAGUCUGAGCCAAGACUUUCCAGGUGGAGAGAAGGAGAAGGAAAUUCAGUCCUGUGAAUCAGAUAAAGUCACAGGCAAGGAUGGGAAUGAUGAUAAUAACGAAUAUGAAAAUGAAAAACCCGACCAGAAACAUUCCAGAGAAUCCUCAGAAUCCUCUGCAAAGGACAACACAAAGUCUGCUUUUGAGCCUUACAGCCCGAGUUCCAGCUUGGAUUUAGACAGAGCUGAUGAAGUAGAAGAUGUUUCGAGGGAAGUAUCAGAAGAGAAAAGUAUAAAAGAACCACCACUGGCAGACUCGACUCUUAGUGAUGGAAACACGUCAGAGGCAGUAGCAGAACCCAGAAGAAGGGUGUUUGCUGUGGAUGUUGGCAAUGAUUAUAGUAGAAAAGCAGAGUUUACAACAGAAUCCGAAUCAAAGUCCAAAUUGGAGAUAAAGGUUUCACUUGAAUCCAUUGCAAAACCUGAUGUCAAGUCCUAUUUGCGGAUGGAAAAAAUUGUCAAACUUGGAAGUGAGUCACGUAACCGCCACAAACGAAGGCAUUCUUCUGAACGGAAAGAGCGUGGAGAUGACUCUGACAAUAAAUAUGAUUCUGAAAUUGAAGAAGGGGAAAUUGUUCAGCCGGAUGAAGAUCGCUUUAGUCCCAUGCCUUUGUUCCGUAGCCGGUGUAGGGUUUUGGACAGGCCAUUGAGGAUGGUUGAGGGCGAUGAUUUUCUUUCCCUACACGCAGACUCAGAUGAGGAAGGAGCUCUGCAGAUUGACUUUGGAGAAAAUCAAAUGGAAAACAGGUGGAAAGGGUUGGAUCUAAGGAGGAAAAUCACCAACCAGCGCAGGGAAAGGUAUCGUAAAAAAUCACAGUCGCCUCCAAAAUCCAAAAGGCGUUCUAAGUCUCCAUCUCCUUCCAGUUCUCAAAGUCGUAAAAAGGCUAAGCGUGAACGUAAGAGAUCCAGGGAAAGAAAGAGGUCCAAAGAACCCAGGGCACCAAACGUUACAUGGUCUGGUGCAAAGAAAUUAAAGGAUGGCAGAGAUCACAAGCGCUCUCGUUCACGGUCUCACAACAAAGGGUCUCGUUCUCGUUCUAGAGAUCGUAGAAGAUCAAGAUCAUGGUCGCCCUCUAUCAGUACCAGCAUAUCUGCCGUCGAGUCUUCCCGUACAUCAGCUGAGAGGAGGAAGAACCAGAGAUCAAAAUCAAAGGAGAAAAGAAGAAGAUGGUCUCGCUCUAUCAGUACCGAUCAAUCUCGAAAAGAUAAACAUAAAGAGAAACACCGGACAGAUGGGAAGAAAAAGAAGAAAAGGUCACGUUCCAAAUCUAGAGAUCGGGACAAGAAAACCUCCCAUCACUCAAACGAGAGAAGGGACAAGGAGAAGGUGAGGUCAAGGCUUCCUGUGGAUGAGCCUAAAUUAGACAAUCCACCUUUAUUAGAGAGGAGAAGAAGAGACAGUCGGUCAGUGGUACCUCCAUCAAUACAAGACCUUAACAAUGCUGAUCUCUUUAGCAUUAAAAGAACAAUUACUGUGAAUCCAGAAGAAAAGCUUGACGAUCGAGAGGACUUGCUUAAUACUCCUAGAAAAAGAGAGGUUCUUUAUGACUCAGAAGGGCUUAGCUUUGAUACGUUUUCUGACCGCGAAAAUCUUGAUGACCGUGACGGGAAGAGUAACAGAAUAUUUGAAAGACCCUCUGGAAAGUCAGAAACCUUAAAGAGAAGGACGCCUAUAGAUUUUGACAAGAAACGUGAUGAAGAUGAUAGGGAUAGACGGCUAAAAUCUUCCAAAGAUCGAGACAGAAAAAGAACAUACACAGACGACAGUCAUGAGCGAUACAAGAAAAGGUUUAAAGAUAUUCCCGAUCCAGAGCCUGAGCCUUUUAAGCUCGACAAAGAUAAAUUGCGCGUUGAGAAAGAUAAAACUUCUAAAAAGCUAAAGAUUGGUCAUAAGGAAAGCAAGGGUGGAUCUGGCAGGAAAGUCAAAUUGCAGUCUAAAGUAGCUGUUCUCAUUAGGGAAGGUGUAAGCAGCACCACCUCUGUGAAAGAGGCAGGUUCUAUCGGAGUCAAAUUCAGCCGUGACCGAGAAAGCCGCUCCCCAUUUCUUAAAUCUGAAGAUAAGCUUCUCGAUAUAAAAACCACCCGGCCUAAGCUCGAUUCAAUUGAUGUUAAAGAACCCAUUCUAAAGCCCAAAAAAGUAAAGGGCUUGAAAACAAAGACUGGCGUCAAGAAAGUAAAAACUAUUGGAGCUGCUGUGAAACCCAAAGGGCCACCUGAGAAGAAGAAGAAAAAGCUGAAAACAAAGGCUUCUUUAAAGAAGUCAAAAGCAGACAGUUGCAGUAAGGAAAUACCCAGCCCAAUCCAAGCCAAAGAGGAGCCUAUAUGGUCAGACACUGAGAAUACAGAGACCAAGGUUAAACCUCCAAGCCCUCCCAAGCCAGCCAUUGAGCAAGAACUCACACCUGACUCUCAAACGGUUGACAGCAGCUGUAAAACUCCUGAUGUCUCUUUUAUACCAGAGGAACCCCCACCAGAGCCUGAGAGAAUCACUGACUUAGAGGUGGAUAGUAUAUCUGAACCCAAGGAAGAGAUACCAAGACCACCUCAAGCACCAAAUCCAUGGAAUCUCCAAUCAGGCGUGGACUGCACCACAAGUGGAGUGCUUGCACUGACUGCACUGCUGUUUAAGAUGGAAGAAGCCAAUCUGGCAAGCAGGGCCAAGGCGCAGGAGCUGAUUCAAGCCACCAAUCAGAUCCUCAGCCAGAGCAAGCCUUCUACCUCCCUGGUCUCCCAACCACCCCCACCACCUUCUAUCAUCACUACUCUUGGUCACUCUGCUCCAUCCUACCCCCUGUACUCCGGUUUGCCUCUCAGUGGCAACUCAAGUCCCCCAACUCCAACUGGGGUAUCGAACAUAACCAGUCAGACCAUCUCGGGGUCCACUUCAAGUUCAUUCUUCAACACCUUGUCCUGCACGGAGCUGGGAAAGAGAGAAGGCAGCACAAGUUCAGAGGGCAGAGGUGAAACUGACAAGUACCUGAAGAAGCUGCACACACAGGAGCGAGCGGUGGAGGAGGUGAAGUUGGCCAUUAAACCUUACUAUCAGAAAAAAGAAAUCACCAAGGAAGAUUACAAGGACAUUCUGCGCAAGGCAGUACAUAAGAUUUGCCACAGCAGAAGCGGCGAAAUAAACCCGGUCAAAGUGAACAACUUGGUGAAAGCCUACGUCCAGCGCUACAAGUACUUCCGGAAACACGGCAAAAAGAUGGAGGACGACGAAAGUAGCGGUUACCGCAGCGGCAAAGAGUCGGGGGCCAUGGACAAAGCGCUACCAUCGUUACCUUUAAUUUGAAGAGGAGGAGGGAGGCUUCUCCGUUCACAUAAUCUAUCACUUUAAAUGAAAUCGAGAAGAAUCAUUUUAAUUGCUAGUAUAAAAAGGAAGAAAAACAUGAGAAAAAAAAGCUUUUAUGCAAAUAUUUGUGAGACUUUAGAAAUAACUAUCUUUAGAGACGAAAUUCUAUGUAAGUGACUCAACUCUAUGUAACAGACCUCCCUUCCCUCCGUUGGCGGCACAACUGGCAACUCCUGCUCGGGGGCGGAACCCGCGGCUUUGCUAGGUAGGGCUGUGCAGGAAGGUUGGUUGUUUUUAAAUAGUCUGUCUCUUGUAAAUACAUCUGCGCUUCCCUCGACUGCCGCCCCCGCUUGGUUAUUAUUAUUCAAAUUAUGGAUUCUACUUCUCUCGCCCCACCCCCCCUUUUUAUUUCCACCCUUAUUAUUAUUAUUAAUAUAUAUUUUUUUUAUUUCCGUUUUGCAUGAUUUGACUUGUCAUCACUGUUCCACCCCCAGGGUAGCGGCUCCUUGUUACAAUCUGUUGCUGACUUCAUACUGUUAGCUGUAAUAAAUUGCCAUCCUGUUA